UCGUCAGGCACUUAUCGACAUCUGCGGAGAAUCGAUAACAACGCCAUUUUUAAAAAUACUGGCAGAAAUGCCUUUGCUUUUUAGCGUCGCAUUGGAUUAGUUUAGUUUAGGACUCAAAAAAGAAUUCAUUGAGAGUGCCGGGCUGCGCGCGGAGAAGCCACUUUGCUCCAAAAUCAAGAACAACCUAAAUUCUAAGUUUUUGUAAGUGCUAACCAUCAGAUCAGUUUUCGCGCGAUUUUCUAUUUCCCGAUUCGGACUUGAGCGGAUCUGCUGUGCCCCAGAGAAGAUGUCCAGCGAGGAUCCCAGCUGCGUGGCAGUGGCCUUGCGCGUGCGUCCCCUGGUGCAGUCCGAGUUGGAUCGCGGCUGCCGGAUUGCCGUCGAACGAUCAGCGGAUGGAGCGCCACAGGUUACAGUCAACCGGAAUGAGUCGUAUACGUACAACUAUGUCUUCGACAUUGGCGACUCGCAGAAGGAUCUAUUCGAGACGUGUGUGCAGGCCAAAGUGAAGAAGCUGUUGCAUGGCUAUAACGUCACAAUCUUGGCCUAUGGACAAACGGGUUCCGGAAAGACCUACACCAUGGGCACCGCCUUCAACGGAGUGCUAGAUGAUCAUGUGGGCGUUAUACCACGCGCCGUUCAUGAUAUAUUCCAAGCCAUUGCGGAAAUGCAGAGUGAAUUUCGUUUUUCUGUCACAUGCUCUUUUGUGGAGCUCUACCAGGAGCAGUUCUAUGACCUUUUUUCGUCGAAAACUCGGGACAAGGCCACCGUAGACAUCAGGGAGGUCAAGAACCGUAUUAUCAUGCCGGGUCUCACCGAGCUAGAGGUCACAUCAGCCCAGGAAGUGACCGAUCAUCUGAUCCGCGGCUCAGCCGGACGCGCUGUGGCCGCCACGGCUAUGAAUGAAACCUCUUCAAGAUCCCAUGCCAUAUUCACAUUGACGCUAGUAGCUACCAAGCUGGACGGCAAACAAUCCGUCACCACGUCCAGGUUCAACCUGGUGGAUCUGGCUGGCUCUGAACGCUGCUCAAAGACCCUAGCCAGCGGCGAUCGCUUCAAAGAGGGCGUAAACAUCAAUAAGGGUCUUCUGGCCCUGGGCAACGUGAUCAAUGCCUUGGGAUCUGGUCAGGCCGCUGGCUACGUACCCUAUCGCCAGUCUAAGCUGACGCGUCUGCUGCAGGACUCUCUGGGCGGUAAUUCCAUUACGCUCAUGAUUGCUUGCGUCAGCCCCGCCGACUACAACGUGGCCGAGACAUUGAGCACCCUACGCUAUGCGGAUCGAGCACUGCAAAUCAAAAACAAGCCAGUGGUCAAUCUCGAUCCGCAUGCGGCGGAGAUUAAUUUCCUGAAGGAUGUCAUCCAAAAGCUGCGUGUAGAGCUGUUGGCGGGCGGCAAGAUGAGCAGUUCCUUAACCAGCGCUGUCGGAGCCGUAGGCUUGGGUGCCGUUUCCUGUGAGGAUUCACUAGCUGGUUCAAUGGCCAAUGCGGCCGAGUUCCAGCUGCUUAAGGAACAGGUGCGCACCCUGCAGGACAGGAAUAGGAAAUUACAGCAAGAGCUUCAUCAGUCGUUGCUCGAUCUCACCGAGAAAGAAAUGCGUGCCCACAUCGCCGAGCAGGCCCACGAUAAACUCCGAAGCCAUGUGACGGAGCUAAAGAGCAAACUGGAUAAAAGAGAACAGGCGCAACUCGGAAACGAGAAUAAAAAUGGUGACGAUGAUCUUCGCGAAUUCUCACUGCUGGUGGAUAAAGUGCACGCAGAAUUGCAACGCACUCAGGAGGAGCUGGAGUCCCAGGGCCAUGAGACACGCCAGCGACAGAGCAGUCGUUCCCAUACAGAAGGCGGUGAAGGCGGCGGCGAUGAGGUCCACGAAAUGCUGCAUUCCCAUUCGGAGGAGUAUACCAACAAGCAAAUGAACUUCGCUGGCGAACUGCGCAACAUCAAUCGCCAGCUGGAUCUCAAGCAGGAGCUGCACGAGCGUAUUAUGCGCAACUUUAGCAGACUGGACUCGGAUGACGAGGACGUCAAGUUGCGGCUGUGCAACCAAAAGAUCGAUGACCUCGAGGCGGAGCGACGAGACCUCAUGGAUCAGCUGCGCAACAUUAAGAACAAGGAUGCAUCUGCCAAAUUGGCGGAGGAGCGACGCAAACGCCUGCAGCUCUUGGAGCAGGAGAUCUCCGAUCUGCGCCGGAAGCUGAUCACGCAGGCCAACUUGCUAAAGAUACGAGACAAGGAGCGUGAAAAGAUUAGGAAUCUAAGUACCGAAAUCCGCACCAUGAAGGAAUCCAAGGUGAAGCUCAUACGAGCAAUGCGUGGUGAGUCCGAGAAGUUCCGCCAAUGGAAGAUGGUUCGCGAAAAGGAGCUAACCCAACUCAAGAGCAAGGACCGCAAAAUGCAGUCGGAGAUUGUGCGCCAAAAGACGCUGCACUCCAAGCAGCGCCAGGUCCUCAAGCGCAAGUGCGAGGAGGCACUGGCUGCCAACAAGAGGCUGAAGGAUGCUCUCGAGCGGCAGGCUUCGGCGCAGGCCCAGCGUCACAAGUACAAGGAUAACGGUGGCUCUGCCGCUGGCUCCUCCAACGCGAACGCGAAGACAGAUUCCUGGGUGGAUCGUGAACUGGAGAUCAUACUCUCGCUUAUAGAUGCUGAGCACAGCCUGGAGCAACUGAUGGAGGACCGGGCGGUAAUCAACAAUCACUACCAUCUGGUCCAGCAGGACAAAGUCGACGAUCCCGCCGAAGCCGCAGAGCAGGCCCGCAUUCUGGCGAGUCUCGAGGAGGAGCUGGAAAUGCGCAAUGCCCAGAUCUCCGAUCUUCAGCAGAAAGUCUGCCCCACCGAUCUGGAUAGCCGCAUUCGCUCCUUGGCUGAGGGCGUCCAAAGCCUUGGCGAGUCCAGGACGGUUAGCAAGCACCUCUUGAAGACUUUGGUGCAGCAGCGGCGUCUACAGGCCUCCAUCUUGAAUGAGCAGCGCACAACGUUGGAUGAGCUGCGCGUGCAGCUACUGGAUGCUCAACAGCUGGAAGAUUUGGCCAGCAAACGCCUUCGUCUGCUCCAAGCCCAGCAUGAAGAGCAAAUGCUGGCGCAACAGCGCGACUACGAGGAAAAGGUUUCCGUUUUAAUCAGGACAGCAAACCGGCGAUGGGCUGCAGCUCAGUCACCGGCGGAGGAUCAGCAGCGCAAUCAGAUCCUCGAAGAGCUGCUCAGCAGCCGGGAGGCACUGCAGCAGGAGCUGGACAAGCUUAGAGCCAAGAACAAGUCAAAAGCCAAGGCAGCUAAGUCCGAGCCUCAGGACUUAGAUGAUAGUUUCCAGAUAGUGGAUGGCAACGAUACAAUAGUACUAAGCGAUGUCAGCGACGAUCCCGACUGGGUGCCAUCCACAUCGAAAUCCAAGAGGAUUCAAUCCGAUAGCCGCAAUGUGAUUUCUCCGCCAGAGAAACAGGAUGCCAACGUGACGUCAUUGGGCAACUCAUCCAUACAAUCGCUGAACUCCACAUCCGCCACAGAGGAUGGCAAACGCUGCAAGGGCUGCAAGUGUCGGACAAAGUGCACCACCAAGCGCUGCGGCUGCCUUUUGGGCAACAAUGCGUGCAGCGAGAGCUGCGUUUGCAAGAGCAACUGCCACAAUCCCCUAAAUCUCAAGGAUCAAGCUCCGCAUUGCGGGGGUGGCGAUGACCCGCUUGACGAAGAACGCCAGAAGGACGAGGCGGAGGAUGCCGACAAGUCUGAUGAUGACGGCGACGACGAGCCCCAGACCGCCAAGGAGAACGCGGUGAAGUUCGUCACUCCAGAAGCGCCCGGCAAAGUUGUGGCUUCGCCGAAGCGAACGCUGCAGGAUCCGAAGGCCGCGGCCACACCGCUGAUGGAUACAAACGCAGGGGAAGACUUCAAUGGACCCAAGUUGGCUAAGAUGUCCGGACUGGCGUUUGACACGCCCAAGCGGAAAUUCUUUUGAAUUUGGAGGGAACCUCAGGGAACCAAUCAGGGAUGUCAACGGAGGAGCAUUAACAGAUGUGCAGGAAGGAGGAGCCCCUAAAUGCCUGACAGCCCAUAUUGUAGUGGCGAGAUUAGACUCGCCUUGUUCUCGCUAUGUUCGUUAUCUUUUAGGAAAUGAUCGUUAUGAACUUUUUAUCAACCAAGACUGUAUUACCCAUCCAUGUUUUAUAAUUUAUCAAUAUAGUAUCCAUUGAUCUGCAUCAAUUCAUUCCUGGGUCAUCUAAGCUUAAAUUCGGUUAGCUGCAGCACUCAGAUGAUUCAAAUAACUUAUAUCUUUUCUUACGCUAUUCCAAAUUUUUUCGAUUCAGAAACAUUCAGAACAAAUUCUUUUUUUUUUUUUUUGUCCAAAAUACAUGAUUACGAGAGAGAUGGAUAUAUUUUUAAAAACAGGAUUUCCCAAGAAAAUGCACCCAUUUUUUUCCAAGGAAUAAAAUUAGAACCUUGCUGUUUUUGUUUUGUUUUUUCGAAAUAAGUCUCGUAUUUUCACCCCAACUUUCGAAUAUAAAAGACAUGCAUUUAUA